AGAGCCUGGAACUAGGCGCAGGCGCAGAGGAGCUCAGGCGCUGAGGAGACCUAGCUGACGGUGAGACCCUCCGAGAGGCCAGGGGGAGUCCGAAGCUCUGGCCCACGUGACCUGCCGGGGGCGGGCGCCGGGGGCGCGGGCCAGCCUCCCGCGGUGCCCCUGCUUGGCUCGGCGUCGCCCGGGGGACCCGCCUUGGGGAAGCGCGGCGAUCCCCAGUCUGCGGUCGGAGGCGCUCAUCCCUGAAGCGGCUCCCCGUUCCCAGGAGCCUCCCGCCGGAGGGAGAAAUGUUGCUGAAGCGCUGCUGAAGGGGCCACAGAUGCAAGGAUUUGGGACACGUUUGAACCUUUAAGCUGUCUGACAUUGACCUCCUUUCAUUAUUAAUAAAGAAGAAGCAGGAGCUUAGGAUAUAUUAACACCAAGUCAUUAAUGUACUAACCGGACAGUGCCCUGCAAACCCCACUGCGCUGUAAAGGACUGGACUGGCCCAGGACACAAUCACUUCGCAUUUCCUCAGCUUAUAAUAUGACUGGAUGGAGGGAAAUGUGAUGAGCAUGAGGGAAGACCAUUCCUUUCAUGUCCGCUACAGAAUGGAAGCUUCUUGCCUUGAGCUGGCCUUGGAAGGAGAACGUCUGUGUAAAUCAGGGGACUGCCGCGCUGGCGUUUCGUUUUUUGAAGCCGCGGUUCAAGUUGGAACUGAAGACCUGAAAACGCUCAGUGCUAUUUACAGCCAGCUGGGCAACGCUUACUUCUACUUACACGACUAUGCCAAGGCGCUAGAGUACCACCACCAUGACUUAACCCUGGCGAGGACUAUUGGAGACCAACUCGGGGAAGCUAAAGCCAGCGGCAAUCUUGGAAACACCUUAAAGGUGCUUGGGAACUUUGAUGAAGCGAUAGUGUGUUGCCAGCGACACCUGGAUAUCUCCAGAGAACUUAAUGACAAGGUGGGAGAAGCAAGAGCUCUCUAUAAUCUUGGAAAUGUGUAUCACGCCAAAGGGAAAAGUUUCGGCUGCCCAGGCCCACAAGAUGUAGGAGAGUUUCCAGAAGAAGUAAGGCUCGCCCUACAGGCAGCUGUGGAGCUCUAUGAGGAAAACCUGUCGUUAGUAACUGCUCUAGGUGACCGAGCAGCCCAGGGACGAGCCUUUGGGAACCUUGGCAACACACACUACCUCCUCGGCAACUUCAGGGAUGCAGUUAUAGCCCACGAGCAGCGUCUCCUGAUUGCAAAAGAGUUCGGAGAUAAGGCGGCCGAAAGAAGAGCGUACAGCAACCUCGGAAAUGCGUACAUAUUCCUCGGUGAAUUCGAAACUGCUUCCGAAUACUACAGGAAGACACUGCUGCUGGCUCGGCAGCUGAAGGACAGAGCCGUGGAAGCUCAGUCCUGCUACAGUCUUGGGAAUACAUACACUCUGCUUCAGGACUACGAGAAGGCCAUCGAGUACCACCUCAAGCACUUAGCGAUUGCCCAGGAGCUCAAGGAUCGAAUUGGUGAAGGGAGAGCGUGUUGGAGUUUAGGAAAUGCAUACACGGCUCUAGGAAAUCAUGACCAAGCAAUGCAUUUUGCUGAAAAGCACUUGGAAAUUUCAAGAGAGGUUGGGGACAAAAGCGGCGAGCUGACUGCACGGCUGAACCUCUCAGACCUGCAGAUGGUUCUUGGUCUGAGCUAUAGCACAAAUAAUUCCAUGAUGUCUGAGAACAUCGAAAUCGAUGGCAGCUUACAUGGUGCAGGCACCAAACUGGGACGAAGACAUAGUAUGGAGAACAUGGAACUUAUGAAGUUAACACCAGAAAAGGUCCCAAAUUGGAACAGUGAAAUUCUCGCUAAACAGAAACCUUGCAUUGCCAAAUCGUCUGCAAAGCUCCUAUUUGUGAACAGACUGAAGGGGAAAAAGUCCAAAAGCGGCAGCGCCUCCACUAAGGCUCUCCACCACGCCAGCAACCCCAUCGACCACCGCGCUCCACAUGCCCAGAAGAAAGUCGGCUCGGACGCGGUCGGAGACGAGGGAUUCUUUGACUUACUGAGGCGGCUUCAGAGCAGCAGGAUGGAGGACCAGAGGUGCCACUUACAGGAGAACCGUCGGACAGCGUCCGCAGCCGCUUCCUCUGCUACCCCCAAGAUGGUGAAAGCACCGUCGGCUUCUGUGGUAUCCCCCAACACCGACGAGUUUUUAGAUCUCCUUGCUAGCUCACAGAGCCGCCGUCUGGAUGACCAGAGAGCCAGCUUCAGUAAUUUGCCAGGGCUCCGUCUGACAGAAGGCAACAAUCAGUCCGUACUUGAGCGCCUGAUGACAAAUGACAAGAAAGAGCCUGAUGAGGACUUCUUUGACAUCCUUGUAAAGUGUCAGGGCUCCAGGUUAGAUGAUCAGAGAUGUGCUCCACCAGCUGCUGCCACAAAGGGGCCGACUGUCCCCGACGAAGACUUUUUUAGCCUCAUUUUACGCUCUCAAGCUAAAAGGAUGGAUGAACAAAGAGUUCUGCUACAGAGAGAUCCAAACAGGGACAGUGAGUUUGGACUAAAGGAACUUUUGCAAAAUAAUGCUCUGUUAGAAUUUAAACAUUCAGGGAAAUAACUAGCAAACCACAAGAUGGUAUGGUAUUUCCUACUAAAGAAAAGGACUGGUUCCCUCGGGACACUGCAGGGAAACUCGUCUUACACAGCACCGUAG